GUAGUAAUUUUUUAAUUUAAUAACGUGAAGGAGCUUCAGAGUUUACACUUUUAUGCUAUGCAUGCAGAACGCGUGCUAUAUGAAGGGGUUUUAAAUGGAAUCAGUUUUCGACAAGUUAAGAACAGUAAUACAAUAGAAUAGAAUGGGAGAGAAAAAGGAAGAUCGGAAAGUAACAUUUGCGGUGGCCAUGAAUGCAAAAUGCUCCAAUCACGUAGAUGGGUAUGUCAUCCUGCUGGACUAGUGUUGUAAAGCUAUAUAUCCAUCGCAUGGGCAAUUAAACUGUCUCAGCUUCCAACCAUUCUCGAUACAAUCUUUUCCUGGAAAUGGCUUCUUGUUGAGCAAAAUAUUAAAUGACCGCCUCUCUAUAUAUACAGCCAUGGAUCAGCCUGUUUUCUCCAACGUUAUUUUCAAGUGGUAAUGGAGUCUCUCAAAUUGACGUGGUUGGCUUUGUUGCUUGCCUCGUUGGUAUAUAUUGAGCCGGUGGAGAGCAACAGGAAGGUCGAGGAGAAGAAGAAACCUGAGUGGUUUUUCGAUGGCAUUGGUGACCCUGGGUGGGUUGGUGUUGGCAGUGCUGGUGGUGUUGGAGGCUUUGCCGGUGGUUUUGGCGGUGGAAAUGGGAUGAGCUUUGGUCAUUCUUUUGGUUUCGGGAAAGGCAUAGGUUUCAGUUUUGGUACUGGCGACCCUGGCAUUGGUCUUGGAAGCAAGCCUGACUGCAUUGGAAAAGGUGGUGAAGGGAUCGGCGCUGGUGGGCAAGGUGGUGUUGGUGGGGGUUUUGGAGGUGGGUCUGGUGGGGGAAGUGGUAUUGGUGGAGGAGAAGGUGGCAAGCACAAUAAGAAAAAGGACCAAAAGCACAAUAAUGGAGGUGGCGAUAUUGGUGGAGGAAGUGUUGGCAAAGGAGGUGGUGGAGGAGCAAGGAUCGGAAAAGGAGCAGGUGGUGGAAUUGGUGGUGGAGGCGGUGCUAGCAGAGGAGGAGGUGUAGGAAGAAUAGGCAGUGGUAGUGGAGCUGGAGGUGGUGCAGGAGGAGGAAUUGGAAAAGGAGUAGGUGGUGGGAACGGUGGUGGUGCUGCUGGCGAAGAAGGAGGUGCGAGAGGAAUAGGCAGUGGUGGUGGAGCUGGAGGGGGAAUUGGAAAAGUAGUAGGUGGUGGUGGUGGUGCAGGCGGAGGAGGAGGAGGUGCAGGAGGAAUAGGCAGUGGUCGCGAAGCUAGAGGUGGUGCGGGUGGAGGAAUUGGAAAAGGAGUAGGCAGCGGGGUUGGUGGUGGGAGUGGUGCGGGAGGAGGAAUUGGAAAAGGAGUAGGUGGCGGGACCGGUGGUGGUGCUGGUGCUAGCAGAGGAGGAGGUGCAAGAGGAAUAGGCAAUGGUGGCGGAGCUGGAGGUGGUGUGGGUCGAGGAAUUGGAAAAGGAGUAGGCGGCGGGAUUGGCGGUGGUGCGGGAGAAGGAAUUGGCAAAGGAGUAGGUGGUGGGAUCGGUGACGGCGGCGGCGGUGGUGGUGGUGGUGGUGGUGCUGGCGGUGGAGGUGCAGGAGGAAUAGGCAAUGGUGGUGGAGCUGGAGGUGGUGCAGGUGGAGGAAUUGGAAAAGGAGUAGGCCGCGGGAUUGGUGGUGGGGGUGGUGCUGGUGGAGGUGUAGGAGGAAUAGGCAAUGGUGGAGGAGCUGGCGGAGGCUUUGGGGAAGGUUUUGGGAAAGGAGUUGGAGGUGGAAUUGGUGGUGGUGCAGGCGGAGGAUUUGGAGGAGGUUUUGGGGGUGGAGCUGGUGGAGGUACUGGUGGAGGAGUUGGAGUUGGAGGUGGUUUCGGAGGUGGUGCUGGUGGAGGUGGAGGUGGAGGAUUUGGUGCAGGUGGAGGUGGUGGUGGAGGCAUUGGUGGUGGCAGUGGAUUUGGUGGGGGAGCUGGAUUUGGUGGAGGUGGUGGAACAAUCGGUGGCAAAGAAUAAUCAGUUGAAUACAAAAAAAGUGGCAAAGAAUAAACAACAGCAGUUAAUUCAAAAUCUGCUGGAGAUAGUGCCCUUUAAUCUUCUUAAUGCUGUAUUUUCCCUUAAUUCCUUUUAUCAGAUUUAGUGCUGCUUGUAAUUAGUAACUGCAUAUUUCACUAUUUUCAUUAUGAUAAUUUCUACGAAUUAUUUAUCAGUAUAUUUUGAUACCA